GGCGGGCGGGCGGCAGCGCGCCGCGGCGGCGGCGGCAUGAAGGAGCUGGCGGCGGCGGGCCCGAAGAUGGAGUGCGACAUCUUGGACGCGUUGGAGGCCGUGGGGUACACAGGUCCCUUACUGGAAGAGGAAGCCCUGAAGAAAGCUGCAGGAAAUGGAUUGUCUUCACCAGAAUUUUUGGAGCUUUGUGUUUGGUUAGGUUCCCAAAUAAAGCUGCUUUGUAAUAUGGAAGAGAGCAUCACUUCAAUGGAUGGUGAUAAAGAUAUAGAGAGCUUCCAGCUUGAGAUUAGUGGCUUUUUGAAAGAAAUGUCUUGUCCGUAUUCAUCACUUAUAUCUGGAGACAUUAAAGACAGAUUAAGAGAGAAAGAAGAUUGUCUUAAACUGCUCUUAUUUCUAAGUACAGAACUUCAAGCUUUAAAGAUUUUGCACAGCAAGCAAAUUAAAGGCUCUCACUUGGAAAAGCACAAUGAAAUCUAUCAGGAAGUACAAGCUAUUUGUGAUGCACUGGGGCUACCGAAGUCAUCAUCUUCUGAUAUUCCUCCUUUGUUAACCAAUGUGGAAUUGAAGAUAAAGGACAUUCUCUCAAAAGUUCAAAAUAACCAUGUGGGGAAAUCACUGCUAACAAAACCUCUGAAUUCUGAUCAAGUGGAAAGAUUGGAAAAAAUCAAUGAUGCUCUUCGAAGCGAGUAUGAAUGUCGCCGUCGUAUGUUAAUGAAAAGGCUAGAUGUGACAGUACAGUCUUUUGGCUGGUCUGAUAGAGCAAAUGGUAAGCUUGCUGUAAAAACAGAUGACAUAGCACGAAUCUAUCAGCCUAAGCGCUAUGCAUUAUCUCCAAAGUCAACUAUUACAUUAGCUCACCUUCUUGCUGCUAGAGAAGAUUUAUCAAAGAUCAUAAGAACAUGUAGUGGAUCAACACGGGAAAAUACAGUCUGCGCUAUUAACAAGGUUCUGAUGGGGAGAGUACCUGACCGUGGAGGCAGACCUACAGAGAUUGAACCACCUCCUCCUGAAAUGCCACCUUGGCAAAAAAGACAAGAAGGUGGUGGAAGAGGUGGCUGGGGAGGUGGUGGUGGUGGUGGAAGGGGUGGCUGGGGGGGUGGUGGUGGUAGGGGGGGAGGAGGUGGAGGUGGUUUCAGAGGUGGGGGUGGUGGUUUCAGAGGUGGUGGUGGUGGUGGAGGUGGCUUUCAAGGUGGUGGUGGGGGUUAUGGUGGCCGGGGGGGUUAUGGCAGCAGGGGAGGUUAUGGUGAGCCGUAUGGUGGAAGAGGAGGGGGAGGAUACCGAAGAUACUAAAAGUACUGUAAAUACUGACACAGUAAGUGGCAAAACAUAGUGGUGGUGUUUACUGAUAUCAGGAGUUUAGAUAUGUCAAAUUUGGUUUAGGUUAGAAUUAAGUAUAACAAUAUAAAUCAUUGCAUUAGACCAGCUGAUGGUGUCACUGAAUUCUCCUAGUUAACUGAACAAAACUUUUAUACUAAAAUGUGAUGACUGAAGUCCUUGUUUUUCACACUGCUCAUGUGUUUUUUAAUGUCAUUUUAUUUAAAAUAAACAUCAGAAAACUGAAUAAAACCCUUUUUAAAAAAAACACAUUUAGUUUUCAGAUCACCCUGAUUACUGCAUGUUGCACUGCUCUGCCCCACUUCUCCCCAUUUGGAGGGAGUAGUCUAAGAACCUUAUAGAAACAUUUCUAAAGACUCUAGAAUGCUGCUUUGGGACUUUUCAUUUAAUUUUCCAUGUGGGACAUGUAAAAGAAUUAUGAUAUUGAAUGUUAAUCUACUUAAAGCUUUGAUCAGAAUAAUUCAAUUAGAUUUCAUAUUCUUCUGGAAUUUCUCAUAUAAGUAACAUAUUGAAUUCAUACUCUGCAGAAACUAACAAAACCCAUUUGUUCAUAAAUCUGCCGGGGCUAUUUGAAGGUCAGUGUGUACCGUAAAAUCAAAUUCAUAGUGAGUUUUGAUAGUGUUUAUUUUCAUUUUACCUGUUUUCCAUUUUACUGGUGUUUCGAAGGCAUUUUUUUAAGGUCAUUGUGGGCAGAAAACUUACGCAACUGUUCAUGUGGUAAAUCACUUACAUACUUCUUUAUGUGUCAAGCUGAUGUAGAAGUUAGAUGUAGGUAAAUAUGAUAUAGAAGAAUAAUAAGCUGCCUGUACUGAGCUUCUCGAGGAUCUAUUUUUCCUGCUCUAUAUUUAGGAAUCGCCAGCUGAUAAAGCAGUUUAUACAGCAGUUGCCUUUGCCCCUUGACUUCUCUGGAAAAACUGCAAAUGAACCUUUGAGAGCUUUCUCUCGUGUUUUGCCAGUCAGUUUGAUAACCUAAAACUCUCUCCUGAAACGGUGUGGGUGCCUCUUCCUUCUUCGACAAUGUUACUCUAGAAGAGGAUCUAGGUGAGGACUUUGAUUUCCUGCUCUUACUGCUGUAAAUAUUCUUAGGCAAGAUUUAGAUUCAGAGCUGUGAGCUGUGAAAGACCCUUUCUGUUGUGCAGCCUCUUCAGAGCUCCUCCAGCUGCCACGCUGCGGCGGAGGCCGCUGUGAGCAGGGGAGGUGUUGAGCACGCCCGUACGUGCGGUGAUGGCAUUCCUCAGGGUCAGGCCACUGCAGAGGGAUUCAGGAAGGCAUCUCCCAGACCUAGGGGUGUCUGUUGAUCACAGUGCUCCGCAGCCUGGAAACACUUCCACUCAAUACUUAGCGGAAAGCUUAAAUUGUAGGUUGAACUUCAGGAUUUACUUGGUUUUUUUGGUUUUGUGUUGGUUUUGUGUUUCACAGUUAGGGGUUCGUUCUUCAUGAAUUUUCAGUUAAGGUCUUCAUUUGGUACGCUUUAAUGAUCUUAUUUCACCUUUAGGGAUAUGUGAACCAUUGUGUGAAUUUAUGCAUAAAUUUGAAGCUCUGUUGAAAAUCGAAUGAAGUUUGACUUUUUGAAUUAAAAAGUUUAUGGUGGUUUUUAUUAGUUAGUUGUAAAAACGUCUUGAACUUUCAAUCUAGAUAAAAUUCAGAGGUUUUUCUCCUGUUUUUACAUCCCUUCUGAUCAUAGUGUGCUCGUGAACGCUGCUUAGGAUACAGCCUUAACCAUACUUUAAGAUCCCAGGAGGUGCCUAACAGAAAAGGGCAGGAAAGUUUUCCUUGCUUGAAGGUGUUGGUUUGAAUGCAAACUCUUAAAGUAAUGAAGCCGCCCACUGACUUCAUUUCACCCAACUGCUAGCAGUACAGUUUCUUUAUUAAUUUUCUUCUACGCACAUUUCAGGCCUUGUUGUCAGCCUCUGCUGUCAUUCUGGAGAGGCACUCAAGUGUCACGUAGAGCAUAAUACUUGGGGUUUCUGCUUUCAAGCUUGAUUUUGCCUGAUGCAGUAGAACAGCUCAAAAAUUCAUGACCGACUCGGUGAGAUCACUGGCUGGAGGUGAACCUGGAGCUGAAACAAGUAGGUGGGCAAGGAAAUGGCGAGAAUAGUUUGCAGUCAAAGCUGUAAUAUUAGAUUAGUUAUUUUAAAAUACUCCAGUUGGUUAUUAAUUCAAAAUACUUCAGAAUUUCGAUUAUAAUUCUGGAUCUAACGUAAAAGAUGGAAAUUUAACUAGGUUGGAAUUUUGUGGAAGAUUUUUUGUCUUUUUAUUUUUGGGUGUUUUUUUUUUAGUUUUAAUUUUUCAGAUUUUCUUAAAAUGUGACACCAGUAGUAGAAAAGCAAAGUAAGCACCACCACAUUUCAGAGAGGUAUCCUCUUCUCAGUCUUCUGUGGUCACAAUGUAUGUUAUUAAUUUAUCAAAAGAUGCAAUAAUACCAUGAAAAAAAUUGAUUGAAACCUCUCAAAUUUUGUAUUUUUCAGUCUUGAAAAAAAAAUUCAAAAAAUCUGUUGUAAGUAAAAAUUUUUCAUAUA